UACGGUCUGAAUGGUGUCUGUGAUGCCGACUCCUCGAUUAUUGCCGUAAGAAUAACUUCCUUUCAUCGUUUUCUCCGUUCUAACCGUCAAAGUAAAGGGCAGGCACUCAAAUGCCCACCCAUCUCCAUCUCCAACCCCAACGUCACCAAAAGCUGAUUCUGCAUGUUAGUACAAAGCAGCCGCUUCCGCCUCCUUUUCCCUCCCAUUCAAAAACGUAUUCCCUCAAGCCUUUCUUUCUCCGUCGCCUCCUCAGCCAUGGAUAGUGCCUCGCCUUCUAUGCUGUUUUUAUGUGGAAAAUCAUCAACGGAAUCGGAAAUCGCCAAAUCCUUGAAAAUCAACGACACUCUUAAUCUCCCGAACGGCGGCAAAGUUUCUGCUCUUUUACAAUCGGAGAUUAAUACUUUCCGAUUUGGUGAAGAUGCUUUUAAUGUCGAUUUGUUUUUGAACUCACUCACAACUAAACGAUUCGGUCGGUUCCUUAUUUGGUCCCCGCUGUUGCCUUCUACGCAUGACAUCGUUUCUCAUAAUUUUUGUGAGCUUCCAGUUGGUACAGUUUGUGUAGCUGACACUCAGUUUAAAGGGAGAGGUCGGUCCAAGAAUGCGUGGGAGUCUCCAAGGGGAUGCCUUAUGUUUUCAUUUACUUUACAAAUGGAAGAUGGAAAAACUGUGCCUCUGGUACAAUAUGUUGUGUCUCUUGCUGUGACGGAGGCUAUAAAGGAUGUUUGUGAUCGAAAUGGCUUCCCCUUUAUUGAUGUUAGGAUCAAGUGGCCGAAUGAUCUGUACUUGAAUGGCCUUAAAGUUGGAGGCAUUCUCUGCACAUCAACAUAUAAAUCAAAGAAGUUCAAUGUUAGUUCUGGUAUAGGUUUUAAUGUUGGUAAUGAGAAACCAACAACAUGUUUGAAUACAGUACUAAAAGAGCUUUCUACUACUCCUAAUGAAUUUAGAAGAGAAGAUAUCACGGCUGCCUUCUUUAAUAAAUUUGAGAUGUUGUAUGAUAUUUUUAUAAAUCAAGGAUUUCAAACUCUGGAGGAGCUUUACUAUAGAACAUGGCUUCACAGUGGGCAGAGAGUUAUUGUACAGGAAAAGAAUGAGGAUAGAGUUGUUGAAAACGUGGUCACAAUCCAGGGUUUGACGUCCUCAGGUUAUUUGUUAGCUAUUGGUGACGACAAUCAAAUGUGUGAGCUUCAUCCCGAUGGAAACAGUUUUGAUUUCUUCAAAGGACUGGUCCGAAGAAAACUUGAAUGAAGAUCAUCCAUUUCCAUGGCAUCUUUGACGGGAGGCAAACUGUCAUAACAUGUAUGCUACUCAUAUGCUCUCUAUUUAUUUACUUGUGUCAUGUAUUAGUUUCACGUUUGUAUGUUGUUUUUAUUUUAUUUUAUUUUUAUCAUAAACGGGUUUGCAGUAGGUUAUCUUUAUAUAAUUUUUUGUUAUAUAGAUUUUGACAGUUUCAUAUAUUUAUAUUUAUAUUUAUGGUGUUUUGUGUUA